AUUAAUACAUAACAAACACACUUUUUGAUUUUGUUAUUUCUGUAUUAAAACAUUUAAGUAAAAUAUUUGAAAAUGUCAAUGAUACCCAAUCCAGGGUCAAAUCCCGAGGAGGCGGCAAAGCCGCGCAUGUUUGACAACGCCGACCUGGAUAAAAUGGCAAUGCAAUUUGUUGGCAAUAUGCAGAGAUAUCGUGAAAAUAUUAUAAUACCAAAAUCUAAUGGACCAAUUAAAAUCAAAACAAACGAAGAAAAAUUAAUAGAAACUGCUGUUGAGAGUUGUGGCUUUAAAAGUGCAAUGGCUUGUGUUAUGGGCUACGGCUUGGGUGCUGCGCUGGGUCUGUUUAGUGCAUCUGUGAAUCCCAAUAUGUCCGAUCCCUUUGCGAAUGAAAAGAAACAAACGGCACGCCAAGUGCUGAAAGAGAUGCGCUCCACAACGCAUUCAUAUGCAAAGAACUUUGCGCUAAUUGGCGCUGUCUUCUCAGUAGUGGAGUGCACGAUAGAGAGCAAACGCGGCGUUACAGACUGGAAAAACGGCACCUAUGCUGGUGGCAUUACUGGUGGCCUGAUUGGACUGCGUGCUGGAAUUAAGGCAGGCAUCAUUGGCGGCUUGGGCUUUGCGGCAUUCUCCACAGCUAUAGACUACUACAUGCAUAGCAGAUAGACGCUGUUGUACAUACUAAUUAUAUUGUAUAAAUGUUUGUUCUUAA